UGAGUUGUGAGCGCGAGUCGACGACAUAUAAAGCAAACAAAAGUCACAAGUUUAAGAAAGAGUAAAAGGGAAAGCAAAAUUGCUGGAUUCGUUCCUGAUUUCUCUGAAUCCAUUUUGAAGAUCGAGUUUUUGAUGAUGAAGUUAACUUUUCUUAACAGCACUGCAUCAGCAAUUCAGCAUCGCCCGUCUGUUCUUAUGGGUUUUCUCUCUUCUUAAUCUCUCUUCCUCAAUUUCACUUCCUACAGUGUUCGUCUGAUUCUCUUCUUGUUACAAACCAGAUCGGAAGGAUAUAUCUUGAUUUAUAUUGCCUUAUACAGUUUUAGAUCGAUAUUUGCCUUAUUGCAUUUCAUCUUUUCUGCCUACCGGAUUUUCAAGUGGAGCCCAAAUUUCAAUUAUUUGCUUUACAGCCUUACUGGGUUUUCAAAUUUAGAAAAGAUAGGAAAUUUCCUGGCGAAAGUUUUGGUUAAGAGUUGGGUCAAGCUAAUUUCUUUUGGAGUAUUGUUGUUGGAAGAUAUCUGUUUAAGAGGCUCUAUCUAGAUCGGUUCAAUUGUGGGUUUUGUUGUUUAUGUUUGUGACUGAUCAGUGAGGGUCCCUACCUCCAUUAAAUUGAGAGAUAAAUCAAGGGUCCUAGAUAAAGUUGAGUUUUACUUUUUUGAAGAAUAAAAGUUGGCCUUUUGAUCUCUAGUGGUCAUUUGUUUGUGUCCGAAGAAAAACAUUAUCGGCAAUGAAGCAGAGGAGUCAGGCUCAUCUUCAGUCGAUCAAAUCAUUACCUGUGGAUAUCAGGCAUCAUAUAGGGUUACCUAAACCUCGUCAAUCUGAAAAUGGCGGUUCGGCUAGUCAGGUUGUGGAGAAGAAAAAGUCAAAUAAUAACAGCAUGGAUCAGGACAAUGACGAUUCACCGUAUAAGAGACCUUCUGUAGAUGAAAAGGAUCAGGAUUUGACCAUUUCUUCCCCUUCAUCAGUUCCAUCCUCAAGUCAAUCAAAAUGGAGUGACACAAAUACGUAUAAUCCAAAAAAUAAGCUUCAAUGCUGGUUUCAAUUUCCUGAUGGGAACUGGGAGCUAGGGAAGAUCCAGUCAACCUCAGGGACUGAAUCCGUAAUAUCAUUUUCUGAUGGAAAGGUCCUAAAGGUGCAUCCUGAUACCCUGCUGCCAGCAAAUCCUGACAUACUUGAUGGUGUAGAUGAUCUCAUGCAAUUAAGUUAUUUGCACGAACCUUCUGUUUUGUACAAUCUUCAGUACAGAUACAAUAGAGAUGUUAUUUAUACAAAAGCAGGGCCAGUUUUGGUUGCCAUUAAUCCGUUCAAAAAAAUCCCUUUGUAUGGAAAUGAUUACAUUGAAGCAUACAAAAAAAAGUCUGUUGAUAGUCCACAUGUGUACGCAAUAACAGAUACUGCCAUUAGAGAAAUGAAGCGAGAUGAAGUGAAUCAAUCUAUCAUCAUCAGUGGUGAAAGUGGUGCUGGAAAGACUGAGACAGCAAAGAUAGCAAUGCAGUAUCUGGCUGCUCUUGGAGGUGGUAGUGGAAUAGAAUAUGAAAUACUAAAAACUAACCCAAUCCUGGAGGCCUUUGGAAAUGCUAAAACAUUGAGGAAUGACAAUUCAAGUCGCUUUGGAAAGUUGAUUGAAAUCCACUUCAGUGAAACAGGGAAAAUAUCAGGCGCCAAUAUUCAAACUUUCUUGCUAGAGAAGUCUAGAGUUGUCCAGUGUACAGAGGGGGAAAGGUCAUAUCACAUUUUUUAUCAGCUUUGUUCAGGAGCUUCACCUGCUCUCCGAGAAAAAUUGAACCUGAAAAGUACCCACGAAUACAAGUAUUUGAGGCAAAGUGAUUGUUACUUGAUUUCUGGAGUGGAUGAUGCUGAACAGUUUCAGAUUGUGCUGGAAGCUCUGGAUGUUGUUCAUGUUAGCAAGGAGGAUCAAGAAAAUGUGUUUGCAAUGAUUUCUGCAGUACUAUGGCUAGGAAACAUUUCCUUCUCUGUGAUUGACAAUGAAAAUCAUGUUGAACCCGUAGAAGAUGAAGGCCUUAUCACAGUUGCUGAACUGAUAGGAUGCACUCUUCCGCAACUGAAGCUUGCUUUGUCAACUCGAAAAAUGCAUGUCAGGAAUGACACUAUUGUUCAGAAACUCACUCUACCACAAGCAGUUGAUACAAGAGAUGCCCUGGCAAAAUCAAUAUAUUCUUGUUUGUUUGACUGGCUAGUUGAACAAAUUAACAAGUCUCUUGCUGUAGGCAAACGCCGCACAGGAAGAUCCAUCAGCAUUCUGGACAUAUACGGCUUUGAAUCAUUUACUAGGAAUAGUUUCGAGCAAUUUUGCAUCAACUAUGCGAAUGAGAGGCUUCAACAACAUUUCAACAGGCACCUGUUUAAGUUAGAACAAGAGGAAUACAUCCAAGAUGGUAUUGAUUGGACGAAAGUGGAGGUCGAGGACAACAAAGAUUGUCUGAACCUUUUUGAAAAGAAGCCACUGGGAUUAUUUUCUCUGUUAGAUGAGGAAUCCACCUUUCCAAACGGUACAGACUUAACAUUUGCCAACAAGCUUAAGCAGCACUUGAAUUCUAAUUCAUGUUUUAGAGGAGAGCGGGGUAAAGCUUUCACAGUUUGUCAUUAUGCUGGGGAGGUUAUGUAUGGAACAACUGGAUUCCUGGAAAAGAAUCGGGAUUCAUUGAACGUGGAUUCCAUUCAACUUUUGUCUUCUUGCACUUACCAUCUGCCAAAAACAUUUGCGUCUUAUCUGCUUUCUCAGUCUGAAAAGCCUGUUGUUGGUGCAUUACAUAAAUCAGGUGGAGCAGAAUCCCAAAAGCUAAGUGUUGCAACAAAAUUUAAGGGCCAAUUGUUUAAGUUGAUGCAACGUCUAGAAAGUACCACUCCACAUUUUAUACGUUGUAUUAAGCCCAACAACUGCCAGUCUCCUGGAAUGUAUGAGCAAGAACUUAUACUGCAACAAUUAAGAUGUUGUGGAGUCCUUGAAGUCGUGCGAAUAUCCAGAUCAGGCUUUCCGACUAAGAUGUCUCAUCAGAAAUUUGCACGAAGAUAUGGAUUUCUUCUGUUGGAGAGUGUUGCAUCACAAGAUCCCCUCAGUGUGUCAGUUGCAAUCCUUCAUCAGUUCAAUAUUCUCCCUGAAAUGUAUCAAGUUGGCUACACAAAAUUAUUUUUCCGUACUGGCCAGAUUGGAGCGCUUGAGGAUACAAGAAACCGUACUCUCCAUGGGAUCUUACGUAUUCAAAGUUGUUUUAGAGGCCACCAAGCUCGUCACCAUCUUAAGGAGCGGAGGAAUGGAAUUGCCACCUUACAAGCAUUUGUUCGAGGCGAGAAAACAAGGAAGGAAUUCGCAGUCUUGCUACACAGACAUAGAGCCGCUAUUUAUAUUCAGAAGCAUGUAAAAGCUAAGUUUGGAAAGAAAAGGUUUUUCGAUGUCUACAACGCUUCAGUUGUUAUACAAUCUGUUGUUAGGGGCUGGCUUGUCAGAAGAUGCUCCGGAGACAUAGGUUUACUACAAUUUGGAAAGGGUAAUGAAUGGGAUGAGGUGAUGGUGAAGUCGUCAGUCCUUGCUGAGCUACAACGUAGGGUUCUUAAAGCGGAGUCUGCUUUAAGAGAUAAGCAAGAAGAGAACGACUUGCUCCACAUUCAGCUCCAACAGUACGAAAACCGAUGGUCUGAAUACGAGCUGAAAAUGAAAUCCAUGGAAGAAGUCUGGCAGAAGCAAAUGAGAUCUCUACAAUCGAGCCUAUCCAUAGCCAAGAAAAGCCUGGCUAUGGACGAGUCUGGGAGAAACUCAGACGCAUCGGUUAACCAAACCGACGACACUUGGGAAACUGGCAGCAAUUUAAAUGGCCUGCAAAGCAAUGGAGGAACUAGACCAACAAGCUCGGCUGGAUUGAUGGUUGUAAGCCGACUUUCAGAAGAAUUUGAACAGAGGAAACAGGUGUUUGGUGAUGAUGCCAAGUUCUUGGUGGAGGUUAAGUCGGGUCAGGCUCAGGUUCAGGCUGAAUUAGACCCGGAUCUUGAGCUUAGACGAUUAAAACAGAUGUUUGAAUCUUGGAAGAAGGAUUAUGGGACAAGAUUAAGGGAAACUAAAGUAAUUCUACAGAAGAUUGGAAAUGAUGAAGGAAGUGGUUCUGAUAAGACUAAAAGGAAAUGGUGGGGAAGAAUGAACAGCACCAGAUUUUCUUAAAAAUCUACUCUUUAAUCUAAAACUGUCCUGCAGGUAAAGUAUUGUUUUGCCAUUUUUUAUCCAUUCAUAAGCAAUUUGUUCCGGAGUUGUAAGAAUCAAGGACUUUUUGAACCCGAAAAGAUUCAAACGCUGAUACUCUAUGUAUAGGUCGUUUUAACAUUUUGAGUUUUCAUGAACAAUCUAUAAUGUAUAGAGAAGAAAGAAUGUGAGAGUGGUAACAAGUUAUGUUUGAUUUACUUGGAAUUUCGAUUUUUUCAAUUAUAAGUGUUGUGAAUUGUGAU